UGUUUGAGAGCGAUUUUUGGAGAUGAGAGGGCCUAUCGAGGAGGUUUUGAAUGAGUUGGGGUGGAGUGAUGGCUUUAGGAUUCCCGUGGCUAAUGAGGAGAACAGACGACUGGAGGAGGAGAUCGACAGAAAAAUUAAGCAGAAGAAAAACCUGACCGAAGACCUCGCGAUAAACGAGGAUCGAGUUAAAUCCAUCGAGGAAUACAUCGCAAACAUCAGGAUUGAACAUGACCACAAUCAGAAACUGCUCACGGCGUAUGCAGCCCAGCACAACGCAGAGGGCCACAUCUUCAAGGUCUCCGAGCACGAGGAGUCCUCGAUCACCCAAGAGAUCCGGAAUCUCGAGAAAGAGAAGACGAACCUCGAGGAGAGGAUCGCCUCCUUGCGGAAGGAAAUGGGGAAACUGGAGGAGAAGUUGAAUAAUUCAGAGAGAACCGUCGCCUUCGAUAAGAACAAACUUCUCCAGUGGGAGGAGGUCUUGAAUAAAGAGGAGGAGGACGAGGGAUUGCUCCAGAAGUACAUGAAAUCCGACGCGAAGGAACUCAAAAAUUUAGAACUAAAGCGCCAGAAAUUGACCCUUGAAAUGGACUCCCUGAAGUCCUCAGUCCUGCAAACGCUGAACGAAAUCUGCGAGAUGGAGAUAAUUCUCGAAAGAACAGCGAAUUUCUACGUUCAGGCGCUGGAGGAGCGCGGGCAGUUGAUCGAAAGAUGGUCCCAAAGUGUUCUAGUCCUGGGUCACCGAGACGCCGGGAUCCAGGAGAUCCUGCGAGAGGUCGAGGCCCUGAAGGAGAUUGGAAAGGAGAAGAUGUCCGUCUUAUCAGAGUCCGAGGAUUUCCUGGAGAACCAGAUCUCCACGAAUCGCCAGCUGGAGGACUUGCUCCGCCACCUGGAGAAGAAGCUCUUCCUGGACAAGGAGGAGCGUCGGAAGAUCGUGGAGACCAACGCGAUGUACGACCUGGAGUACCAGACGAGGAAGAAAUCCCUGGAGGAACUCUCUCGUCGGUCCCAGCGGCUCAAGUCCGAGGCGAAGGCCACGCAGAUUUCGCUGGAGAAUAAGAGGCGGAAAAUCAGGGAGUGGACGAGGGAAAUUGAGGAGAUCAAGGCCACUAUCCGCGGGGUCGAGGACCAGAGUGUGAGCGCAGCCGAUCGCCUGAAGCAGCUGGAGGCGAUGCUCGAGGGUGAGGAGAAGCGAAAGUCCGGGAUUCUGAAGGAAACGAAGCGCUUCCAGGACUUGAUCCUGCGAACCUCGAACAAACUAACGGAAUUGGAGGGGGAGAGGAAGUCCCUGGACCUCCAGAAGAGCGGGGAGCUGAAGAAAGUGGAGAUCUUCGGGGCGCAUCAGGCGCGGGAGGAGCAGAGGCUCCAGGAGAAGACGGAAAUGAACCAGAAGUUGAAUUUCGAGAUCCAGGAGUGCGAAAUGAGACUGGGGAAGGUGGGACCGGACGACCUCAGCCGAGCGGAGAUGGAGAGGAAGGUGAAGGUGAUCGAGGAGCUCCAGAAGACGCUGGAGGAGAGGACGGAAGUGGCGAAACUGCUGCAGACGCAGUUGACGAAUUUGGAGAACGACAUUAGGAAGAUCCAGGGGAGUCUGAAGGGGGAUAACGAGGAGCUGGUGAGGCUGAGGAGUAAGAAGCAGGACGUGGGCUCCAUGAUGGAGGGCGGGGAGAAGCAGCUGAAGGCCGCGCAGAGGGUCACCGAGGAGAAACAGGUGGCGGAGAAUAUUCUGGAGUUGAGGGUCACGCAGGGGGAGCAGAUCAUCAGGAAUAUCGGUGACAAACUCCAUAAUUUGGAGAAAUACCGCCUGCAAAUCGACUCGGCAAUGAAGGAGAGACUGGCGGAAAUAAAGCUCCAGAAGGAGGGGCUGAGCCUGGAGAAGCGACUGGUGGCCUCUGAGUGCCUGGAGCUGCGGUCUGCGAUAACCGAGAGGCAGGCGAGGAUGCAGCACCUGCAGACGCGUUACGACAACGUCAUCGCGACGAUGGGGAGUAGCGAGACGAAUGGAGCCCCUGUGACGACGACGUACCUGAAGAUCCUGAAUGCCCAGGAGAAGGCGGAACUCCAGGAACAGGGGGACGAACUCGACUCGACGAUCAGGAAGACUGAGCAGGAGAUCAGGAGCAUGGAGAACACCCUGAGGAUCGUCAACGCGUGCAACGAUAAGUAUAAGUCGUCGCUGGCCGUCUCUGGGGAUGAGGAGGUCCCGGGGGAAGUGCAGAGGAAGCAGUUGGACGAGGAAAUGUUCAGGGCCCUGCAGCAGAUGAAAUUCAGGCAGGUGGAGCUGGAGGAGGUGGAGGAGGAGUACCAGAGGAUGCAGGAGGACAUCGAGGGGCUGACGGAGGAGUUGAAGGAGGCGAAGGACGAGAAGGAACUGAAGCUCAAGGCUGUUGCGGCGGUGGAGAAACUGGUGAGCGAGCAGAAGGAGAGGAUCUCCAGGGCGGAGAAGAGCCUCAGGAAGCUGUACAGGGACAUCCAGGGGAUGUGCGAGAGGGCUGAUGAUGAUAGGAUACUUCUGCAAGAGAAAGAUAUCGCUACUAGAGAACUUCAAGAGCAAAACUUUCUCGCCCUACAACGAGUCACGGAAUUCACGAUUCGUCACGUUGAGGCUGAGGUUUACGUGAAAAAAUUGCUGGGGGCUAAGAAUAUUGCGCUUCCCUGCGCCCAAUAUCUGAAGCCAUCUCCGACUCCGAGUUUGUGUGAGAGUACUCGGAGUUCUGUGGCCUCAUCUGAGAGGAGUAGAUUGACUUCCACGAGGGAAAGUGCCAGUAGAAUCCAGAAUAUUCCCUCUAAAGUCGUGUUUGAUGUCGUUGGGGGAGCAAAAUCAUCGGAAAGAACGUCCAGCUUGAGCCAGCAAUCGUCCACAAAUCGACAAUCAUUCUCGAAGAAGAAAUAAUUAAAUUUAUA